UGUGACUUUUUAUUGUCCGAAUUAGGAAAGAUGGAUGAAAAUCAAGAGUCAUCCCCUUGCAUCACCAACAGCUACAAUGUCAGCAACAGCUCCACACAAAGUCAACCUGGCAGUGCUCCACAAUGCAACGGUGCCCCAGAGCAUCGUACCCUGCUGCGGGUAUCCGAGUCUCACGGACUGCAGCUCCUGGGAACACUCAGAUCACUGAGGGAGCGGGGUUUGCUGUUCGACUUCACCAUAAAGGUCCAGGAACGCAGUUUUCCCUGCCACCGUUGUGUUCUUGCAGCCUGCAGUGAUUUCUUCAGGGCUAUGUUUGAGGUAGACAUGCGAGAGUGUGGCGACGGGUCAGUGACUCUGGGUAACCAGUGUCCAGUUGCUGUGGGUUCUUUCCUGGACUUUGCAUACUCUGGAGAGGCGCUCAUUACUGACAGCAAUGUAGACAUGCUGUUUCAGCUUGCCACCUUUCUACAGGUAUCAGUCCUGUCCAGAGCAUGCAGUGACUUCCUGAUAGGAACUAUGGAGCUUUGUAACUGCCUGUCCCUCUUGUCCCUCGCCGAGGCCUACGGAUCAACCUCACUCCUCCAAAGUGCCAAAGAGUUUGUGGUUCAGAACUUUUCUGAGCUUUCCAAAACACAGGACUUCCUGGAUAUGCAGGCCAAUGUAUUGGAGCAAUGCCUCAGAUCAGAUGCUUUAAACAUGCAGUGUGAGGAGGAAGUGGUGAUGUCACUGCUUAGAUGGGUACGGUGCGAUCUCCAAGCAAGACAGAAAUUGUUACUAGGAUUCUUAUCACUAACCAGACUGCAUCAUCUACCUGCAUCUGCACUAAAGACUCUGCAUGAUUCAGACUCUCUGCUCUGCAAGGACGAGUCCUGCCUCGCCCUACUGUCAGAGGCACAAAGCAGACAAAGUCAGCACAGCGGCCUUCUGAAUGAUGCCAGACCAGCUACCACGCAGAGCUACAUCUACAUCCACAAAACAGAGGAGAAUGGAGAAAUCCGCCACAGCUUCUGCUACUGUCUGGAAACAGACCAGUGGAAAGAGCUGGAAAUGGGGCAAGGAAAAGGGACGACCACAUUUCCAGACCCACCGGGAUCAUACCUGACCAGCUACGCCGAGAAGAUGUUUGUCACAGGCGGCUGUCGUGGAAAUUGUUGCCGAGCAGUUCGUCUUCACGUGGCAGAACCAUUUCACGACGCCACUGACGAGGUUUGGUGCUUCUGUCCUGUGACUCUAACCUGCUCGCCUGCACCCGCCAUGCUGAAGCCCCGCACCAUGCACACAACUGUGACCUGCCUGGACCGAGUGUACGUCAUUGGGGGACGGACCACGGGAUCCAGAGUGGGGGCUGCCCAUUUGCUGGAGGUGGAAUCUUAUAACCCUCUGACUCAGACCUGGUCCUCGGUCAGCCCGCUGCCCACUGCCAUCUUUUACCCAGAGGCCAGUGCCUGUGGCAGUGUCAUUUAUACUCUUGGAUCAGAAGUGGAAAUAACAGGCUCCUUCAACCCCUCGCUGGACUGCUUCUUCUGCUAUGACACCCAGAAGGACCAGUGGAGCCGCCUGAUGGCAGAGUUUGGCCAGUUCUUCCAUGCUACGCUGGUCAAAGCCGUGUCAAUUCAGAAUACACUGCACCUUUGUGACCUGUCCACUUACAAGGUCUAUAGUUUUUGUCCUGAGACCUGUGUGUGGAAGGGUGAGGGCUCAUUUGAGUGUGCUGGGUUCAACGCUGGAGCAGUUGGUAUGAGAGACAGAAUCUACAUCCUGGGCGGAGAUUACUCUCCUGACGAGAUCACUGAUGAGGUUCAGGUGUACUACAGUGGGAGGUGUCAAUGGGAGGAAGUUGCGCCCAUGCCCAGAGCGCUAACUGAGUUCCACUGCCAGCUCAUCAGCUUCAACAGACACAGAGACCCCUGGAGUGCCACAGCAUGAUGCACAGUGGUCACAUGAUCAUUUACAACUGCACACCAAAUGUGGCAAUGGAUGCACAUGUGUGUAACAUGAUGUAAGCAUCUAUGCAUGAAGAGAUGAGAUGAGUCUUCCCUGCCUUUCAAACCUGUGCGCACGGACACGAAACACCAACAAAGGGGAGUGACAGUUAAAAGUUUGUGUUCUGUUAACGCCACAUCUCUUACAGAUGAUCCUAAGAGGACCUGAGCCAAAUUAUUUAUUCAUGUAUUUAUUUAUUUUUAAAAGAUUUAAUCCUUUGUAUUAUAUUUGUGCAUCCACUGUCAUAAGGUCUUUGUUAUGUCAGUCUAAAUAUGGUUCCUCCGAUGCAGGAACCAAAGAGCAUCGGACUGUUUUAGAAAUCCUAUUUUAGUACCUGAAUAUUUUUUUGUCUAAUUAAUAUUUUUCAAAUGCAGAAUCCACUCAAAUAACUCAUGGUAUUGGUACAUUUUAUCAUCCUUAACAGAGAAUUCCUUCUCUUUGACUUUUACCAAAUUUGGUGAUUUUGUAAUCUGAAUUUCCAGGAGUGACACAAUGGUUGAGCUUUCCCAUAUUGUUUUUUUUCUUAUUUUCAUCUCUUAGUUCCGGCUUAUUGAAUGACACAACUUACAGCUCAACGUAAAAUUGUUUCAAGACAAUACUGAAUACUGAUUAUUUGGGUACAUUUUCACUUGAAAAAAAGAAACUUGCCUUUGUUCAGUUUCAUGUAUCCACGCAUGCACUGUUUCACCUCUCCAGCUUUCCCCAGCUUGUGACUAUUCUACAUGUGACCAGUAGAUGGACCUCUGCAGCAAAUGCUUGUCUGAUGUAAAUGUGUGGGCUUUAUUUACAGUAUCAGCAGUAGAGAAAUAUUCCAGCUUCAAAGUCUACUAGAACUAAAAAGAAAUGCAAAGAGGAAAACGCCGGCCUUACAGUGGAAAUCAUGUUUGGUUGUGGAAAAAAAAGUAAAUUGAUUGAUUUAUGUCAAGAUGUGAACAUAAACAUUGUGCUUCAUAA